UAUCCGUUUACUAGGAAGCGUGAAAACAAAGCCUACUCACUGAAUGUGGAGUAUAAAAAAAUUCCUGUGUACUGUCACAUGGAAGCUGCUGAGCUUGGAACAUGCGGAGGAGGUGGAUGGACGCUGGUCAUGAAGAUCGAUGGCAAAAAGGUAGCAGCAGCGAUGCAACAAUUUUAGUAUUCAUUGAUAAUAUAUUUCGCACGUUCAUGAUUAGCUCCAAUCCCUCGACUAAUUCUUCAUAACCAACUGCCGCUUACCAUAUUUGCAAUCGAAGAUGUAAGAAAUAUGCAUGAUUGAUUCUAUGGUAUAUUGCCUGUUAUUAAAAACUGACUUACUGGAUAAUGCAAUUCUAGAGCUCUGAUUGGCUUAGCCAUUAUGGUAUAUAAACCAUUAGUAAAAUCCAACUAGUGGUCUAUUAUCAAUGCUGCGUUCUGAUUGGUCGGCCUCAUGGGUUAUUGACUUAUCGAGGAAUAAUUGUUAAUUAUACCAUGCUCUCCAAAUAUGGCAACUGUAAGCGUCUGCUUAGCCUGUUCACAGAUCCUCUAUUUUCUCUUCAAAGUCCGUUGAGCGCGGGUGAUAAAAUGUAGACCGCAGGAAAUUCAUGGACCGCCAGCCCAAGGGGGUAGUGGUGGGAGAAGAAGAAAAUAGACGUGAAACAAUGUCGCAACAAUGCUUCGCUCGCGAGCUUGCCGAUGUUUUCGAAAAGAACGAAAAGAAAAAUAAAACAACGUCUGUGUACAGGCUAGCGUCUGCUCAAAAUUAAAAACAAGAUGGAAAUCGGUUGUUUUUACAAAUAAAAUAUGGAAGAAUUCUCGAUACUGCUUUGUGGGCGUUUUUAAUAAAACAAUUAUUCUACUCGCACUUGUUGGAUAUGAGAUAAUUAUAGCCAACUCGGCGCUACGCGCACUCGUGGAAUAAUUGUUAAAUGACCCAUCGAUCAACCUCGAGCAGUUUCGUUUAAACCAUUCUUUGCUAAAAUUACGACCGAGAAUUGCUAGCAAAUCAGUUUUGCGACAGAUUCUAAUCCUCAGUGGACAUAAGUGAACAACGGAGCUGGUUUUAGAAAAGUAACUAUUUAGUAAACAGCUUUUAAACAAUAAGCUGAAAGGAAGCUAACAUACCGUCAGCUUUUGGAUGGGGAUACAGGUAUUGAAAUAUCAAAUUUGUAAACUGCAAAUCCAUACUUGUCCUCACGGUAUGGGAGUCUGUUGUGUAAACCAUUCCGGCUCAUGCUUAAAAUUAGCUGUUAGUUACUUAUUUAAGCUUUGGUAUGAAUGGGGUAUAUGGGCAUGAUUUCAAUCCAGUGCAAUCCUGGCGCAAGUUUUAUUUUAAUAGCGUUUCGGAUGAAUUUUUAGUUUUAUAAUGAAGGACCAGAAUUUUUGUUCGUAGACUGGUUUGAUUUAAUUUUUACCCUUUUUUUGGCAUAUUUUCUACCAAAUUAAUAAUGUUAAGCAAAAGUGGGCGAUCCGAGAUAGCCCAUGGGGAGAAUCUUGUGUGCCACUCGCGAAAAUGUUACCGCGGAGGUUUCUUACAAGAAUAGGGCUUUACUGACAAACCAUGAGGCUAAUAUGGCUCGAAUUCGGCUGAGUUCUUUUUUAUUUGCGUUUUUAUGAACCGAGACCGAGUUGAGGUCCAUAAAAACGUGGAAAGAACCAGCCCAGUAUCCAGCCAUAUUGACCGAACAUUUGGUAAAUAAAAGAUUUAUUACAUGCCCAAAAAGGAAAUUGUUUCUCGUGAGAAGGGGCACAGACCACAGGAUUCGCUUCAUCUUGACGGGUCGUAAAACGGCCAGUCAUAUAGUGUAGCCUCUUCACACUGGCUAACUAGUAGAACCGAGAUGGCGGCCAUUGACCAUCAUCACGACGAAAUGUUUAGAGGAAUCUCGCCAUAUCACGUCAUUAAUACCUUAGCGUGGUUAUUUACUACAUUAUUUAAGGUCUUCAUAGCCUAAAUAUUCUCAAAACUGUACGUGGAGGCCGGGAGAGGAGGUUGGAUGUGGUUGUUCCCAAAGCCAAGACGACCAAGUUGAAUAGUCUUACCAACUUUUGGAGUAGAAUGUGACCAAGAUGACAUGUGAAAAUGGUCUGUUAAUUUACGAUAUAUGACUAUCAUUUUCUUCUUUUAUCUGUUUAGAGAACCUUUCACUACGAUUCCACAUUGUGGACCGACACGAGGGACUAUCAUUCUUCUUCAGGGAAUACCCUGUUUGAUCAUCAAGAGACAAAAUUACCCACCUACUGGAGCACACCGUUUUCUAAGAUCUGCCUCGCUAUGGAGAUCGACAGCCAAGUUAAAUCGAUCGUCAUCUACAGACAGGCAAACUCCUUGUACUCCUUGAUCGCUGACGGAGAAUAUCGUUCGACCUCAUUGGGUCGUAACACGUGGAAAAACCUGAUUGGCAUACAGGCUUCACUGCAGAAAAAUUGUAACCGAGAGGGUUUCAAUUCUGUGACAUCAUCAAGCAGGGCAAGAAUUGGCAUCAUUAGUAACAACGAAAAUGAUUGCAAGACGUGCGACUCCAGAAUUGGCUUUGGUACCGCAGGGCACCCUGAUGAUAACAACAUCUGUGGAAACGUAGCAAUGUAUGGUGGGGACAAUGGCAAUAAGCACAUAAAAGCCAUGGGUUACAUCUUGGUGCAAUGA